AUGGCUGUUUGUGUGCCGCAGGCCUGGAGUCAGUUUGCGUCGCAUCUGGAGGAUUUCGCUCGUCCUCAGCACCUGAGCUCUGCCCUGUCCUGCCUCAACCUGCUGGUGACCGAUGCUCUCCAUCACGUCCCAGACGUCAUCGCAUAUCUGUCUCGCCUCCGCAACCAGAGCGUCUUCAACUUCUGUGCCAUUCCUCAGGUGAUGGCGAUAGCGACUCUGUCGGCAUGCUACAACAAUCCUCAGGUGUUUCAGGGUGUGGUGAAGAUCCGGAAGGGUCAGGCGGUGACGCUCAUGAUGCAGGCCACAAACAUGGGUGCAGUCCAGAGCAUCAUCGCGCAGUACAGUCAGGAGAUCCUGCAGAAAGUGUCCGGCACGGAUCCGUCCCGAGAGAAGACGCUGAGUAUCCUAAGCCUCAUCCACGAGAAGAGCCUGUCUCCAGCCGCGCUGUCGUCCCGAGCGCACCACAUCUCUCCCGUCUACGUCUCGGCCGCCAUGCUGUUAGCGGCGCUCAGCUGGCAGUAUCUGAACGCCACAAGCGGCCAGCCACCGAGGGGCGCCGAUAUGCAGCCACACUGAGACCCAAAGCAGCCCAGAACUCUCUCUGCCAAACCACAGCACGAGUCUGGGAUCUUUAGGGUUCUUUCUGUUUCACUAAAAGUCCUUCAGGUCAUUUUCACCCCAAAAUCAAAUGAGAAAAUGAUAAG